CAGCAACUACAUACCUACAAUGGAUAACGACACGCCACCACCCAUCCCACCACGUCCUCCAGGAUGGGUAAGCAGUCCGCUCUCAAGCCCCGGGUCAGGUCCAGUGCCAUCAUCGCCGCAACCACAAUCUGUGGAUAACGAGACCCCUCCUCCUCCCCUGCCACCAAGGCGACCAACAAACGAAGAACAACCACCACCACCACCGGUUCUUGAAAGGCAAUCAAGACCGUACAGCUACGUACCGCCGGCGUCUCGGGAAAGUUCCGGCUUAAGUCCUCCUCCUCUGCCGCCACGCGUGACUCGCCGGCCUGUUCCGCAAAGGGAGCCGCAACCACAACCACAACCGCAGCCACAGUCCUCAUCACCGCAAUUUGAACCGUUCCGCCCACAACAAUUCCAGGAACCAAAGGUCGAUGUUAACCCACCAAGUCCGUUUCAGUCGCAAGCUGGAAAUCAGACUACAUCAGCCGAGUUUGGGGGGUUCAGAGGACAUUAUACGCCUUAUCAGCCGCAGCAGACCUUCCCGCCUCCUCCUCCUCCUAGACCACCCCCUACCUCAUCCUCAUCCUCGUCUUCAUCUCCACAACCCUCCAUCCCCUACGAAAAAUGGACACCCCUCUUCCAACCCACCGGCUCGCCCAAUCCCAUCUUCAUAAGCCUUAUGAAAUCCUUUUUUGAAGUGCUGGUAGCUCAGCAGACACCGGAAAUGAGACCGGCUGAUGGAGGUGGGAUGGCGGUGAAUGGACAAAUGAAGCUGUUGUUGAGUCCGGAAAAGUGUAGUGAGUUUUUGGAUGUGCAGGGGUUUGCGGUGGAGCAUAAUCCUUGGAAACUCAACAAAACCCCCUGGUCCUCCCUCCCCGCCAUGUCCCUCCCAGGGCUCCCCGACCCCUUUGCCGGCGUAACCCCCCUCGACAAAGCCGACUGGGAAUUCCGCUUGAUUCUCCAAGCAUUCGGCAUCCACCACCUCCCCAUCCCUCGUCCUCGUCCUCGUCCUCGUCCUUCUUCUCGCCCUUCUGCUCCUCCCAAUCCUACAAACCCCCUCAUCCCCUCCUGGUUCACCAACCUCUUCACCACUUCAUCUACCGAAAUCCCCGAAAGUAUGCGCGUCCUCGGUAUCGGACAGACUCCCUUUCUUACAGAACAGGGAUUCAUCAAGUACAUGGCGCUUGAAACGGCAGGAGAACCGGAUAGGGGGUUUGAGGGGGUUAAUACUGCGCUUAGAUACUACGCUGGUUGUUCUGCUGGACAAGGAGAACAAUGGGGAGAAUCAGGAGGGAGAGGAGGAAUAGGAGAAGCGGGAGGAGGAGGAGGGAUAAAAAGGUGGAUGGAAAAACUAGGUCCGAUACCGAGGGACAUGUUCCCUUUGAGCUGUCCUAGAGAGAUUCAGAUGGCAGUGGAUGUCGGACAGGCCAAGCAUAGAAGGUUAUGUGAGGAGGCGGUGGCGGGGUCGAGGGCGUAUUGCGACAUGGCGGCGGAGGGGAGGAGGCAUGCGGUGGAGCUGACGGGGGAUUAUAGGACUGUGAGGGUUGAUGAGUGGGGGAAUCGGAUUUGGUGA